AUGCCAUUUCUUCAUACUUCUUCAACCAUCUCUUUUCUCUUCUCCCUGUUGCUAUUUCUUUCAUUCACCACAACAUAUGCUGCAGGAAAUUUCUAUCAGAACUUUGACAUAACUUGGGGAGAUGGUCGUGCCAACAUACUCGACAACGGUCAACUUCUCACACUUUCUCUCGACAAAGCCUCUGGUUCUGGAUUUCAAUCCAAGAACGAGUAUCUCUUUGGAAACAUUGAUAUGCAGCUCAAGCUUGUACCUGGAAAUUCUGCAGGCACCGUCACUGCUUACUAUUUAUCAUCAAAAGGAUCAAACUGGGAUGAGGUUGAUUUUGAAUUCUUGGGAAAUGUAAGUGGACAACCAUACAUUCUUCAUACCAAUGUGUUCAGUCAAGGCAAAGGUAAUAGAGAGCAACAAUUCUAUCUAUGGUUUGAUCCAACUGCUGAUUUCCACACUUACUCCAUUCUCUGGAAUCCUCAACGCAUUAUCUUCUCAGUGGAUGGAACACCUAUAAGAGAAUUCAAAAACAUGGAAUCAAAAGGAGUUGCAUUUCCAAACAACCAACCAAUGAGAUUAUAUUCAAGUUUAUGGAAUGCUGAUGAUUGGGCAACAAGAGGUGGUCUUGUCAAGACAGAUUGGAAUCAAGCUCCAUUCAUAGCGUCAUACAGAAAUUUCAAUGCUGAUGCUUCAUCGUCCAAUGCUUGGUAUUCCCAACAGUUGGAUUCAACAAGUCAACAGAGAUUGAGUUGGGUGCAAAACAAUUACAUGAUUUACAAUUAUUGCAAUGACACCAAAAGAUUUCCUCAAGGACUUCCAAUAGAAUGCACAACAUCCUAA